AUGGUGCUUCUUUCGGGCAGCAAGAUGAAGUUGUACCUCUGAAGGCGCGCGAUAGCAGCGGAUAGUGGAGCUGAACAUAUUUCGGUACGGCACACAAGAACCCAGUUUUAGAUGCCCAUUCGCUAUUUCAGGAGGUACUAAGUUCAAUGAUCGAUGUUUUGGUUUCUGACUGAUAAAUGCCGGAGGCCAACUGUUGAGAUCAAUCUUGCCCGCUCUCUCUCUCAUUUAUAAAGCCCCCCGGCGGAUCCUAGUUCAUUAUCCCAAACUCCCUCGAUUCCGCGAUGCGCAUCCAAUCAAUCUUAUCCCUGGUCUUCGUUUUCGCUGUAGCUGCUAAUGCGCUUCCGGCAGUGGAACUGCGUUCAGAUACCGCGUCGAUGGCCCGUGAGGAAGAGUCCGAAGUAAUCGAAUUGGAGAGAUAUUCUCCUGUGCCUCAGCGUGCUAACUCUCCCGACUGGAGACGAGAGCCACAGCGCGGUAACGCGCCCGAUUGGAAACGAGACCCUCAGCGCGGUAACGCGCCCGAUUGGAAACGAGAGCCCCAGCGUGGUAACGCACCCGAUUGGAAACGAGACCCUCAACGCGGUAACGCACCUGACUGGAAACGAGAGCCCCAGCGCGGUAACGCGCCCGACUGGAAGCGAGUACCUCAGCGCGGUAACGCACCCGACUGGAAACGCGAAGCGGAGAGUAAUCCUGUAUAAUUGCAUUCCACCUCCUACAUUUGGAAUCUUCUCUUUCAAUCGACUUUAACGAAGAGGGCAUGGGUUGGAUGGAGCGAUAUGUAUCACUACCAGAUUUCUCGUUCUCUUUGAUGAAGAAUUCAAUGAAGAAGCUCUUCGGGCCCAGCUGCUUUGAUGCUGUCGAUCUUGCUAGUCGUCUUUGUUUUUUUCUGGGAUUUCAGUACAUCUUCAUCUUCGGGUCGAUCAUGCAGUUGUCAUUAGUAUCCGGUAUCCCCGUGUUCUUUUUUCAUUGCUUUCCUUUU